AUGUAUCCAUUUAUUCAGACUUUCUUCUGCUUAGCGACAGUAGUGGCUUACACCCAGGCUGCUGAGGUUACUUCCGCCAAUUUUGCAACAGUAUUGGUCAACACAAAGGUCAAGUUUCAAGAACUUGAUGGUUUCGGCGUAUCACAAGCCUUCCAACGCGCCGGAGACAUCUACGGCAAGGAAGGUCUCUCUAAAAUAAACACCAAAAAUGUCCUUGAUCUUCUAUUCAGUAUUGACAAAGGCGCCGGAUUUGCGAUUUUACGCAAUGGCAUCGGUGCAAGUAACAGCUCAACCAGCAACUUCAUGAACUCCAUUGAGCCUUUCACUCCUGGAUCACCGGACGCACGCCCAAACUAUAUCUGGGAUCGCAAUGACAGCAGCCAGUUCCCGUUGGCUCAAGAGGCAUACGACCGUGGUCUUGUCAAACUUUAUGGCAAUGCGUGGUCUGCACCUGGAUAUAUGAAAACGAAUGGAGACGAAAACAACGGCGGAUACUUGUGUGGAGUGAGUAAUACUCAUUGUGAGUCUGGCAACUGGAUGCAGGCAUACGCGAACUACCUAGUCCAGUGGGCGCGCUUUUACAAGCAGUCUGGUGUCAAAGUGACCAACCUCGGCUUUUUGAAUGAGCCUGGUUUUGCUGCAUCAUAUGCCGGCAUGCAAUCUGACGGGACACAAGCUGCGGAGUUUAUUCGUGUUCUUGCGAAAACCAUCAAAACCUCUGGUAUCGAUCUCGCCAUCAAUUGCUGUGAUAGUAUGGGCUGGGAAGGACAAGAGCAGAUGAUGGCAGCGCUUCAAGCGGGUCCUGAUCCCGCCGAGGCAUACCUAUGUAUCAUUACAGGCCACGGAUAUGAGACGGUCCCAAACUUUCCACUAUCAACAAAGAAGAAGACUUGGGUGACGGAAUGGGCGGAUUUGUCAGGCGGAUUUACACCCUACACAUUCUUCAAGAGCGGUGCAUCCGGAGAGGGCAUGACGUGGGCGCGGAAUAUACAGAUUGCGCUUGUGGAUGCGAAUGUCAGUGGUGUUCUUUAUUGGAUUGGAGCUGAGAGUUCAACUACCGACAGUGGUCUUAUCAAUCUGAUCGGAGAUGAGGUGAUUCCCAGCAAGCGAUUCUGGGCUUUCGCGCAGUUCAGUCGCUUUGCUAGACCAGGAGCACACCGUGUCAAAGCUACGAGCUCUGCUCCUCUGCUCUACGUUAGCUCGUUUCUCAAUCAUGAUGGCAGUGUCGCCACUCAGGUCAUUAAUAACGGGACUGAAGCGUAUGAAGUUAGCUUCAAGGUCCACACCUCGGGGCGGAUUCACAAAGUUCAACCUUGGGUGACGAACAAUGACCAUGACUUGACGGCACUCAAGUCCCUUCAUAUUUCUGAGGAUGGCAGUUUCAAGUCUACUGUUCCUGCGCAUUCUAUGAUGACAUUCGUGUCUUAG